AUGUCAGAGGGGCUGCUGCAGGUGGAGAUCCCAGACUUUGGCAGCAGUGUGCUGGGCAGCCUGAAUGAGCAGCGGUUGCUGGGUCACUACUGCGAUGUCUCCAUCCUGGUGCAGGGUCAGGCCUUCAAGGCGCAUCGGGCCGUCCUCGCCGCCUCCUCGCUCUACUUCAGAGACCUGUUCAGCUCUGCGGCUGACUCCUCCUCGUCCUCGUCCUCGUCCUCCCAGGCUGUGUUCGAACUGCCGUCCUCAGUCACGCCGACGUGUUUUCAGCAGAUUCUGUCCUUCUGCUACACGGGACGACUCAGCAUGGCCGCCAGUGAGCAGCUGGUGCUCAUGUACACCGCCGGGUACCUGCAGAUCCAGAACAUCGUGGAGCGAGGUAUGGAGCUGAUGAUGAUGAAGGCCUCCUCCUCCUCCUCCUCACCUCUCUGCUGCGACUCACAGACAACCUCGGCAGAUGAGCUCGGAAGCUUCGACGCCCCGACGGUCCAGCAGCACAGCGCCCCCCAGCUGCAGGAGGCCAGUCCAGACCAGCCGUCCCUGAGCCCAGAGGAGCUUCUGUUGGCCGUGAGCAGGAUCAAACAGGAGAGAGCCGACACGCCUCCUGCUGAGGAGAACGGAGGAGGAGCAGCAGAAGGAGAAGGGAGAGAGGAGGCCAGAGUGGACAUCACUGGGGACCUCCAGUCUUCCAGGAGCAGUGCUCUGUGUUACCUGGGUACAGGCGGAGGUUUGGUUUCGGGGCUGCAGUCCUACCUGCUAGCAGGCGGGGGGCGUUCCAGUCCAGGAGGCUCUAGCCUUCCUACAGACUCCCCUCCCUCCCACCCCCCCACCGAGGAGGAUCUGGAGGAGGAUUACUAUGGUAACACAGUCCACCCUGGACUCUACCAGCACAUCUAUGGACAUCCUGGAAACCCCUACAUCCCAGAGAAGAUGGAGAUGCUCUCCCUCCCAUUGGCUAACGAGCGUCGACCCUGUGUGUUGGUUGGUCGGGAUAACAUGGCGCUCCCUGCCAGUCUGAUCAGUCAGAUAGGGUAUCGUUGCCACCCGUCGCUCUACACUGAGGGAGACCCAGGAGAGAAGGUGGAGCUGGUGGCAGGUUCAGGUGUGUUCAUGACACGAGGUCAGCUGAUGAACUGUCACCUGUGUGCUGGAGUCAAACACAAGGUGCUUCUCAGGAGACUGCUGGCCACGUUCUUCGACAGAAACACUCUGGCCAAUAGCUGUGGGACGGGAAUCCGCUCCUCCACCAAUGAUCCGAGCCGAAAGCCCCUGGACAACCGAGUGUUAAACACCGUCAAACUCUAUUGUCAGAACUUUGCUCCUAACUUUAAGGAGAGUGAGAUGAACGUCAUCGCGGCCGACAUGUGCACCAACGCCCGCAGGGUCCGUAAACGUUGGCUCCCCAAGAUCCAGUCUCUCCUCCCUGACAGCCUCCCUGCCUCCUCACAACCCCGCAAGGGUAAGAGGGGAGGAGGAUCAGGAGGAUCAGGAGGAGGAGGUCAGGGUGGAGAAGCAGCAGCGCAGCCCAGCGGCAGCCCCUUCGAGCUGGACCUGCGGCAGCUCAGCGCCUCCUACCUCGGUCUGGAGGCUCCGUUGUACACGGAUCGGCGCGAGCGGGAGGCGGCGGGGGAAAGAGAGAGGGAGAAGGAGGCCCCGGCUGCCCUCCUGCCUCACCUGCAGUUUGCUGGGUCUCGCGGGGGAGGUGGAGGCGGGGGGCAGGCGGAGGAGGGGCUGAUGGGAGGUGAGGCUGAUGGGGGAGGGAGGCUACAGACUGAACAACCCCCAGACCUCCCCCUCUCCCUAUCCUCCACCUCCUCUUCCUCCUCCUCCUCCUCCUCACACCCCUCCCCCCAGCCUGCAGAGCCCGCCCCUCCUCACCGGGGAUUGGCCGACACAGAUGACAGGGGGGCGGAGCCUCUGGAAGGCAGCCAAUAA